AUGGCAUUCUUCCCCAAAGCCGAUGGGACUAUUCUCAGACCGGCCAGCUCGGUAGUCCCGCCACGACCCUCGCGUCAAACCACCGUGGGCCCGAUUUAUGACCUCGUCAACUAUGAGAAUCCAAUCAAGCCUUGGUCCUCAGACGUUGAAAAGACCUUCUAUACCAAGGAGAGUACUAAUCUGGUCACGCCAAUCCCGGAGAAACCUCCAACGUUCUCGCAUCGAUAUCUGCGAGCAUUCCUUGCUGAGAACGAGCGACUGCGCCUCUCGGUGCUGUGGUAUUAUACUCGCGGUAUCCUCGAGGAAGAUGAGCUCCUUGCCGGUCUUCAAGAAAAGGCCCAAUUGGCGCAGGAGUCGACGGAGUGGGAAUUUGCAGUAGUUGGUAUCCUCGACAUCAAUGUGUAUAGUCGCCUUGCGACAGUUGGCCUUGAGCUUGGUAAUCUGCCUCGCGGAGAGACCAUCUGCGCGCACACUGUCACUCAGCCCCCCGGAAAUGUCUUUCUCUUGCCGAGUCUCAUGGAGGAUUGGCGAUUCCAGAAAUGUCCGUAUCUGGAAGAUGGCAAACUGCACGCAUACGCUGGAGUCCCCCUUCGAUUCAAGACCGAGUCUGGUCCAACUGUCAGCCUGGGUUCUCUAUGUGUCGCGUCAGGCCAAAGCCGGGAGCCGCUGACCAAAGCCGAACACCAAAUCCUGGUCCGCCUCGGCGACUGGAUCGUGGCGGAUCUUGUCCAAUGCACGAGAGCAAGGCGUCAGCGAGAUCGACUGCGCAUGUCCGAGCUUCUGGCCCAAGCGCAAAGGCAGAUGGAUAUGAACAAAACUGUGUCGGCCGCGCCAAUCAUCGACAUACUGCGACAAGUCUACCCGGGGGCAGAAAUCCGCGUCCACCCCUCUCGGGUGACCCAUGUAGAAUUUGGCGGGUUAGACCCCAUCUCAGUGGAGGAGCUUGAAAAGGGGGUCUGGGAGAACACUAAGUAUCUAGAUGACUUUAUUGCCAACUUAAAUCAUCUUCCGACGCCAACAAAUCAGCCAGCACGAAUAAUCUCUGCGCCCUGUGAUGGUGUUUCCGGACCAUGCCUGCUCCUUGUUGCGAUUAAUGAUUUCCAUCACGUAUUUGAUGACGCGGAUGCGUGGUUUGUCCAGGCGUGCGCGGGUGUUCUAUCCCAGAUGUGGCGGAAGAGUCUGCUGGCGGAGGCCAUGAUUGCCAAAGAAAAGUUUCUUCGCGCUUUUUCACAUCAACUGCGUACACCAAUACAUGGUAUACUGGGCUCAGUCGAGCUUUUGACCGAAGAACUCAAGUCCAGGAGCUUGCUGGGGGACAGCAUUUCGACCUCUGCCGUUGAGCCUGUGACAUCGUCCGAGAGAAACCACGGCGAACCCUCGACUUAUCUGGACAUCAUCAAAAUGGCUGGUCGUGACCUAACUGCGAUAAUUGACAAUCUCAUAAUGCUCAACAAAUGGUCUGACAUUGCAAUGGCUGAGCGAAUAUACAAGAUGCAUACAUUUGACGAACUGGAAACGGAAGUUGCAAAUGAGAUUGCUCGAUUUACAUCGGGAGAUUCGCGGUACACUUGCUCGGUCUUCCUUGACCGUAAGUCGCAAGAUGAGCACUUGGUGAAGUUUUUCACCGAUAUUGCUGUUCUUCGGGAUACUCUCCUUCCUUUGGUGAUCAACGCAUUACAGCAUUCGCCUAGCGGGGUUGUCUCGAUCACUACCUCACUAUCAACUGAUACCAAGCAACUUGUUGUGGACAUUGAGGACAAUGGGAGUGGUAUCCCGGCUUCUGAUCACGAGCGUAUCUUCGAAGCUUACGAAAAGGUCGAUUCGCACUCAGCAGGUGCUGGGCUUGGCCUCACUCUGGCUUCAAAAUUUGCUUCACUCAUUGAUGGGUCGAUCGAGUUGGUUUCAUCAGAAGUUGGGCGUGGCUCCCACUUCAGGGCGACAUUUGACCAAAUUCAUUGCGGCUCGGUUGAUUCGGUCCCACAGCCACUUGCAAAGAGUCUUGGAGACAUGCCAUUGCGAUUUUACCAGCUAUUGUCCGACUCGGACUUGUGUCUUGCCGAUCGAUUCACGUCGUUCCUAUUACACAACGGAUUCUCACGCUCUGAGAGUCCACAAAACUGCUUGAUUGUCUUUGAGGCCGAAGUCGACAUGGAUCGACAUCUCAAGAAGCUUCGGCAGAUCGACCACGACCAGGUAGCAAUUUGUCUCAUUCCGGAGAAGCGAAGUCCUCAACGCACCGAAAGAAAUGUUGUUUACAUUCGUGGGCCGUUCAGAGUCUCUGCCUACCACGCGGCGCUUCAAACAGCUCUGAAAUACCAUCAGUCGAGAGCCACUCACCCACGUCCCCCGACACUGAGUCAGUCUAAACAACUUCACAAUAUCCCUCUGACGAGCCGGGAAGAAACCAAAAACACAACGGAGACAGGUUCGUCGCUAGUGACGUUGAAUCAACCAUCACAUUCCGUACUUGACACUGCACAGCCACAUCUCAAUGAAGCAUAUUUGGAAAAUCCAAUAACCCUCUCUUCUCUUACACUUUCUUCACCGAGAUCAACUUCUCAUCCCAUGACGCUCAUUGUUGACGACAACUUUGUCAACCUUCGGAUCAUGGAGAGCUACUGCUCCAAACGAAAAUUACCUUAUCUUUCUGCGGUGAAUGGACGCCAAGCCGUUGAGAUUUUUACGAAGCACCAAACACAGCAGAGCAGCGGACUAGGCCCACAGAUUGAGAUGAUUUUCAUGGACUUACAAAUGCCUGUUUGCGGAGGAAUUGAAGCCACGCGGCAGAUUCGUCAAUUGGAAAGCAGCAACAACUGGAUCAAAAGCGCUGUCUUUGUCAUGACAGGACAAGAUAGCCCAUCUGACCGGGAAGCUACAGAGCUUGCCGGUGUGGACGAGUAUUUUGUGAAACCCGUUAUCGUCAAACAGCUUGAUCUCAUCGUGAAGAAGCAUUUCCCAGCGUUUGCGGGGAGCUGA